CUUCCUGAAGGCCACCCUGGGGAGUCUAAGAUUUCCUAGGUUCCUGCCCCUUCAUCUCCCCCUCCUCUUCCCCUCCCUUUAUCCUCCCUCCUCCCAUGCUUUUUCUUCCCCCUCCCCUUUCCUCCCCUCUCCCCUCUUCUAAGCUGCUUUUCAACUCCGCCCUCCUUCUUGACAUCCCCCUCCCCAGGGGCUGGACAUGCAGCAUGAAAAGAUUGGGGUCUUGGCCUCUUCCACCAUGAAUUGAGGGGAUGGCAUUUCCUUCUCCAGCAGCACCCUCCCCACAACCCUGACCGCCCCACCCCUCUUCCCAGCUGGGCCGGGAGCACCCCCCUCAUGCUGUUGCUACUGCUGCUGCAAACCCAGACUAAAGCCAACAAAUGGGACCUUGUCCAGAGAGGGGCCCAGCCGUGCCCUCCACCAUGCCCCCAUCCCCCUCCCUUCUCCAGGCUCCCUGAGUGAAAGUGGGGGCAGGCCUGGAGGCCCCAGCCCUGUGAUGACUGCACUCGGGGCUAGGUCUGCUCCCAAGGACACGUGAGGCCUGGAAUUCCAGGUCCUUAACUCGCUUAGGUUUAGGAGGGAGACAAGGAGUCUCCUCCUCCACCCCCUCGAAGAGGUGAGCACUCUUCAGCCGCAGCUCUCAGCUUGGGGACAGAACCAUCAGCUCCAUGGAAGCAGUCUCACCUGUAGAGAGGAGGAGGUCUGCAAAGGACAUGAAGGGACCUCUUAGGUCCCCACUUUGCCCCCAGGAAGCUGGAGGGCCUAGUGCAAUGGCUGCUGAACCUGUUGGUGUGUGGACAGGCCAGCCCCAGGGCCCCUCUGUGCUGGAGUGUAAAGUGAGGGCCCUGAAAGAGAAGAGGCUCUUGGCGGGGAAACAGGCUAUAAGUGCUGGCACAGUCCCCCAAGAUCGACCUACCCCGAGGAAGGCCAGGAGUCGGCGGAGUAAGUCAGGUGCAGCCACUCUGGUGACUACAAGCACUUCUCAGGACUCUGUGGUGGCCCCCCAGGCUCAGAUGCGAACUUACCUGACAGAUAGGCUGUUGGACAGCAGUGAUGAACUGGAGCAGGGGCCAGGGCACACCCCCACUUCAAGUCACAACAGCGCUGAGUUUCCAAAUCAGCUCAGUUUAGGCGGGGAAAGCCAGAGGCUCCCAGAAGGGGCGUGGAAGCCUCCUGCCCCCGGUCUAUUGCAAGAGGCCGGUUAUUUCCAGGAAAGCCCCAUUCAGACCAAUUCUCACAACAGGCCAGAGAUUCCAGGACCUUGCAGGGACCUGGCCCAGAUGCUGUCUGUGGAGAAUGAGAAAUCAGGAGCCCUGGCAAAGAAUCAGAUCCAAGUGGGAGACCCUGAUGAGGUGUCCCUGGCCUUAGAACAAGAAAAUCCCAUUCGAGAGACCACCCUACAGGGACAGCUGUGGAGAGCGGGCAGCUGGGAUGCUUUGAGGAGCGGCAGCCACUCCUUGUCUUUGGCUGACCGGGUGGAAAGGAACCGCCUUCUUCUGCAGGAGAGGAGAGGCCUCUCAGAGCACAGCUGUUCUCAGCACCACCAAGCAGGACAGCCAGCCAGAACCCAGGAUGGAACCCCAGCAGAGCUGCCAGGGGGAGACCUGGAUUGGGACUCAGGAGUAUCCCUGCAGGACUCUGAUGGAUGCAGGGCCUUUGUUCCCAGCCAGGAGCUGCUGCUGAGCCCCAGGCAUGAGCAAGCCAAGCAGCUCCUACAGCAGGCUCGAAUGAAGGCCAGGACCAGCCCUCUCCGGGCCAACCAUGACAUCGUUCCUGCCGUGGUCCCCCGGCUCCCGGGCAGGGAUGCAAAUGGUGGCGCAGGCCAGAGCCCCAGGGUGACGCUUGCCUCCAGAGAUGGCGAUGCCCCCUAUGGUGGGAGCCUGAGCGACUCUUCUAGUGGGGAGUCCAGCUGUGGCCAGAGGAGGAAACGAGGCCCCUCCCCAUCCAGAGUCCGCUUCGAAGAUGAGUCUGCCCAGGAUGCCGAGGUCCGGUAUCAGGAGAGGCAGCAACAGCCUCAGAGGAGGGCUUUGGACUCUGUGCUCCGGUGCCUGGGUCAAGGAGCCCUGGUCUCCAAGCCUGACCUCUCCAACUACAUCAAUGGUGACUUCCACUCCCGAGACGCUCAGGGGGAUGAGGACUGCUGGGGACCACCAGGCAGAGGAAGCGUGGGGGGGCCAGGCAGGAGGACCUUGCCUGGGAAGGUGCCAGAACUUAGCAUUGAGGGGACGUGUCACACCUGUGGCUCCUACCUUCAGGGGGUGGCUCGAGAUCCAGGCCUCCACCCAAUGGAGAGGAAGCUGCCCCCAGACAGGAGCCAUAGUCAGGAGAGGGAGGAUGCUCGGGGUAGGAACAGAGGCCGGGGUGUUCCUCAGACCGAGGCUUCUGCCUCCCGAGCUCUGGCCUCCCCCAUCUGGAUCCUCCCAUCGCGACAGCGUCUCCACACAGAGCACAUUCGAGAGACAUACAUCGGAGCCGUCACCUACCCCAAUGAGGUGGACUCUGCCUUGGACAGCACAGAUACCUCAGACAGCUGCAGGACAGAUAGUGAUGAGGCUGGAACCCCUCACCGCAGGAACAGGGGCAGAGCCCGAGGGAAUGGCUACCCGGCCCACCCGAGGGGCCAGAGGGCUGGAGGAACACAGAGACGAGGCAGGGGACCCGAAAUGGAGAAGGCUGAGGCCACCCAGGCCUGGCACAACCAGGCAGAGGCGGGGGACACAUUCGAAGAGGCUAAAACUACCCCUGAGGGGUCCUUGCUUCCCAAAGAAGAGCAUGGUUCUAAGCUCCCGGUCCUUGAGGCCGAAAGUAUUUCUAAAGAGGACCAGAGGACACCUCCACUAGCUAUGGCCGGACAGAGCUCUAAAGGGACUCACCCGGAAGAUACCCAAGCUCCAUGUGGGGCACUGGAUGCCACGGCCUCUUCCCAGCAGCUGACACUGCCUAUGCCAAGGGGAGGAGCCCAGAUUUCAGGGAGCCAAGAGCUCCUCAAAAGUGUUACAGCAUCCUCCCCCCAGCCUCCCAAUCACGGAAGCCCAACAAGGAGAUCCAGACAUGGCUCCCCCCAGCAAGCCAAGAAGCCAGCUCAACCCUUCACACUAGGGACUUGGGUUCCUACUCCCCCAGCUGUGAAGAAAGCACCCUCACCUGUGCCUUAUAGGAAGGCUGUGUUAGCCCGGACCCUUGGACCCGACAACCAAAGGGACCCAACAGGUGCUCACCAGCUUGUCCUAAGAGGGAAUGAUAUGGGGGUGGAAGAGAUGACUCAAGUAGAAAACCAGCUCAGCCCUCCCAGGAUUAAGCACCAUUUGCUGGUUCCAUCCACCAGGGACUUCAACAACAUUGGGCCUCAGGAACAACGCGGCAUCCAGAGAAGAGGCUCAAGGGAAAGUCAGAGGGAGAAGGGCCCGGUCAGCUGGGAGCCAGAACCAUCUACUGGGGAAAGCAGAGAUGGUGGAUUCCUGGGUCUUCCAGAGUCAGCUGUGACCCGCAGCCUCAGCUCCACAGGCAUCAUGGUCUCACUGACAACAGAGCAACCCCCAUCCAGCAUGGAGACGGAGGACAAGCCCCAGAGGAUAAAACCAAGCUCAGGAAAAGACAUCUCAAAACGGGCACCACCAGGGGCCCCCUCAGGACCCAGCAGCCCCUUGGCCCUUCCAGCCGGGGGGAACAAGAAAGGGAGCAGCAUCUCUCCUGCACUCGGGCUGAAGAAAUUCUUCUCUAUCUUGGGCCAAACCACCCGGCAGAAACUGGGCAAGUUUCGGUGCUAUAGCAUGGAGCAGAUCCCUUCCGCGACCUCUGACCAGGCCCAGCAGAGUGAAAUCCACCCAGCCCAUAACUCCAAGAUGAAGAAAACACCUUCUCUGCAGUCCCUGCAACUGGUGUCACCCUCUCACCAACAUCGGAAGGCUGGCUCAGUUCAAAAUCUCCAUUCUCUACUAAGCAAAGUGGAUCGCUCCAGCCAGUACCUGGUGGGGGAUGGAGGGGAGUCCAGAGCAUCUGAGAGGCAACAAAGCAUCACUCCCAGGCGCUCCCUCAGUGUAGAUGAUAUCGGUGUCCCCAACCUGGUCCGGACAGUGGGUAGGAUAAUAGAGGUAUUUCCAGAUGGGACCAGCCAGUUGGAGCUACAGCGUCCUCCGAAUGGGACCUUUGGCUUCUGUGUGUCCUCAGGGAAUGGCCGGCCUGAUUCAGGGUUCUACAUUCAGGAAAUUGCAGAUGCCAACACAGCCAAGUUGUACUCGGGGCUGCUGGGAGUAGGGGAUGAGAUCCUGGAGGUGAAUGGGGCCAAGGUCACAGGAUUGGGCCUGGCCCGUGUCAAUGAGCUUCUGUCUCAUUCAGAAAGCCUGUCCAUUCGUGUGCUGAAGCAGAGAGGCCCCCAGCGGUGACCCAGAGCUGCUGCUGACCUACAGGUCUCCCCCUCAGUUGUCCUGAAGCUCCCUGGGGCUCACUGAGAAAGAAGGUGGGGGGAAGCCCCUCUCUCGGCCAGGCUCCAUAAAACAUGGAAACUAACUCCAGACUGUUGGAGGUGUUCUGGGCCAGAUGCUGCCAUCCAGGGAGUGGGGGGUAGGGGGUGCUUCUUUUGUAAAGAAUUAACUUAUGGAAAUCUGAGGAAAGUCCCCAAGAGUCUCCUUCCCCUGGCUGAGGUUCUCAGGGGAUGCCUGUAGCUGUGGGCUUUGUCCUAGCUGGAAGGAGUGAGUGGUAAGCUUUGGACCCCUUCAAUGGGUGAUCAGGGAAGUCGGCAUCAGGAAGUGAUUAGCCUGAUGGAGGCUGGCUUCCUCCACUCUGAGCCUCAGCCUCCUGGGAGGGUUGGGUCUGAUGACCAAUAAGAUCCCCUUUGUUCUAAAUCUUUGAGGUCCUGAGCCUUGAGUGGACAGUGGCCAAAGAGGCACUGCAAUACUAAAGAAGCCCCUUUGCCUUUUCUUUACCUGCCGUGCCCCCCAGUGAGAAUAUUUUUCAUCAUUUGGGGAGUCUUUGUCCAGAAAUAAAGGUUCCCUUUGACCAAAAGUCUCUAGAGCUACUAGGAACAGCUGGAUAAUUGAGGAACCACAACUCUGGGCCCUGCCUGCCUGUCAGCCCUUUUUCUAAGAGGGGAGGGAGGAAAACUAAUGGGAAAAAUUGGCAACCCCCGGCCUGCUUCUGCAUGUUCUCCUCCUGCCCCCCUGGUUAAUGACAGAAUUGGAUGCUGGCACCAGCCCAGACAACCUGCUUUGUCCCCAGUGGCCCAAGACUGGCUGCCGGGUGUCCAAGACAUUCAGGCUCUGUUGCCCAGACCUCUUUCUGUGAGCCCGAGAUAGUUGGUCAAGCUAGAGGUGGAAAUGUGCCAAGCCCCUAUCUGUGCUCUGGGGCCUGAAGGUAUUGGAGGACCUGGUGCUACUCAUCUCCUCCAGGCUCGGCUGCGCUAUAGGACCAGGAAGCCAUGUGGUUUCUUAAGUUAUUAAAACUCAGAGAUAAACCUGA